AUGGCGGACGAGCUCAUCAAAAAGUUGAAUCUUGUUCCUCUGCCAAUAGGCGGUUUUUAUGCAGAGUCUAUGCACGCAAAAACCACAGUUAAACCCUUGGACAACUCCGGGCGUGAAGUGAGAGAUGCUUAUUCGGUGAUUUAUCUUCUCUUAAGGGGAUCUGACAUAAAUGCUUGGCACAAGAUGAAAUCCGAGGAGACCUACUUCUACCACAAGGGGAGUCACAUAAUUCUUCAUAUGAUAGCUGAAGAUGGGAAAUACGAGACUAAAAUCAUCGGAGACCCACUUGUGGAUCCUAAAGCUCACUUUCAUUAUCAUGUGCCAAAAAAUGUCUGGUUUGCUUUGGAACUUGAAGACAAGACCGGCUUCUGUGUUUUCAGCGAGGCGGCAGGUCCUGGGUUUGAGUACGAGGAUUUUGAGGGAGGCGAGAGAGAGACGAUGCUUCGCUUGUUUCCACAGCAUAAGGAAGUUAUCGACAAGUUUUGUUUAAAAUGA